AUGGACGUCACGGGGCUGCGGCACCGCAUCCACGAGGCGUAUAAGAGCACUGCGGAGAUGCUGCUAUCGGCGCGCAGCGCCACGGCCUUCGCGGAGAAAGGCGUCCUCACGCCGGACGAAUUCGUCGCCGCUGGGGAUAAUCUGGUGGCCAAGUGUCCCACGUGGUCCUGGGAAGGAGCCGUCCCCUCUCGACGACGAAGCUUCCUGCCUGCCGACAAGCAGUACCUCAUCACUCGCAAUGUCCCCUGUCUGAGGCGAGUGGGGGCGAUGGAGGAGGAGGUGCUGCUGGCGACAGGUGGCAGCGAGACAUUGGUUGACGCUGACGUGGAUGGGGAGGACCACGAGCCCUGGGUUGCCACGUCGAAGCUCGGCGGUGCUUCCUCAGCAGCAGCAGGUGCGGGUUCGGCACAGCAGGAGUCCCUUCCCUCCAUCGAGGCAGCAGCACCCCCAGCAGCAGGAGGAGCAGGGGAGGGUGGGGGAGCGGGAGCAGGGGAGAGAAGGGCUGGAGGAGCAGCGGCGGGAGAUGAAGAGGAGGAGGACGAUGUACCCGAUAUAGCGGAAUUCGAUGAUCUGGAUAAUGUGCUCGAUGCGGACCCUGCGGCGCUACAGCUGGGGGGAGGGGGGUACCUGGUGGCAACAGAGCCAGAGGACGACCACAUUCUGCAGACUCGCACUUACGACCUCACAAUCACAUACGACAAGUACUACCAGACUCCAAGAAUCUGGCUCUUUGGUUAUGAUGAGCAACGGCAACCCCUGGCAGCAGAGCGAGUGUUUGAGGAUGUGAGCCAAGACCAUGUCAAGAAGACGGUUACCAUUGACGACCAUCCGCACCUUCCAGGAAAGUACGCAUCGGUGCACCCAUGCAAGCAUGCAGCGGUGAUGAAGAAGAUCAUUGGAAUCAUGGCAGCCAAUGGCGUGCAGCCACGUGUCGACCAGUACCUUUUCAUAUUCCUUAAGUUCAUCUCGUCGCUGGUGCCUACUAUCGAGUAUGACUACACCAUUGAUUUCGAUAUGGGUGGUACACUGGGCGCACAUGAGGACGACGGCGAGGGAAGUGAUGAUGAGAACCACAAGUCUAGCGGUAAUGGGAGAGACCAUGCUAGUGAAAUAGAGGAAGGUGUAAAAGCAGCUACAAUCACGGAGGUUAGUGGUGGGAAUGGGGAGACAGGGGACACAGUAAGAUAA